AGGUUGAGAAGUAAAGAGCAGAAAUGGCUACCUCCAUGUCUGAAUCCGGCUAAAAAUGCUCUCAGCUAACUAUCCUAUGGGCAACUUCAAGCACAAAUUCACUACUGAUGAUUGCAACUAAGGAAUAAGCUGGUCUCCUAUCCCACUUGGGCAAAAAUUAUUUACUAAUUUGGAGGCUGGCUUAGAAAAACCAGUUAUACAACUGUAUCAGACUGGCUGUUUGAGGAAAUUUUGAAGACCUGUCACUUCCUCUUACAAAGAUUAUAAAUCUUGCUACUACCAAAUAAUUAAAUAGUUCUAAAAGAAGAGACCAUCCGUUGGCAGCCAUUAAAGGAAAGAAAGGUCCACCGACUCGUCCUACAGUUGCAAUGCCUUGUCUGCUAUGCCCGUCUCUCUUGGGCUGCCUCCUCCUCCUCCUUCCCUUUCCAUUAGGCUCCAGUUCUCCUUCAAAAGGAGACACAGUGGUCAGAACCACCAGUGGCCCUAUUAAGGGCAAGCACAUCCUGGCUGGCAUUGGAUCUGUGACAGCCUAUCUAGGCAUUCCUUAUGCUGAGCCUCCUCUGGGGAAGUUGCGUUUCCAGAAACCUCUUCCACAUCCGCCAUGGAAGCAAACAUUGGAGGCCACCAGUUUUGGCAAUUCCUGCCCUCAAUUUAUUUCCCGGGAUGUCCCUGAAGCAGAUAUAUGGUCUCCUAAAACACCACUGUCAGAAGAUUGCCUUUCCCUCAACAUCUGGGUGCCACACCCACAACCUUCUUCCCCAGUCCCUGUUUUGGUCUGGAUACACGGAGGGGGAUAUUUAUUCGGCACGUCUUCUGUGGACGUGUUCAAUGGGGCACCUUUGGCUGCCACUGAGAACGUCAUUGUGGUCACCAUCAAUUAUCGCUUGGGAGCCCUGGGUUUUCUGUACUUGCCACCAGCUGCUCCAGGGAACCUUGGCUUAUGGGACCAACAGCUGGCCCUGAAGUGGGUAAAAAAGAAUGCAGCUGCCUUUGGGGGAGAUCCUUCUCGGGUGACCAUUUUUGGCCAGAGUGCUGGAGGAUCUUGUGUGAAUCUCCAACUUCUUGCACCAAAAAGCCAGGACCUUUUUGCCCAAGCGGUGAUCCAGAGUGGAACAGCCAAUGCCUUCUGGGCUUGGAGGUCUCCUGAGGAAGCCAAACAAAAAUCCCUGGAAUUUGUUCAUCUGCUAGGUUGUUCCAAGGACAAUAAUAUCAGCAUCGUGCAUUGCCUGCAAACAAAAACUGUUUCUGAACUUAUUCAGCAUGAAAUAGCUCUGUACUUGAAAGGUGGCUUCGUUUUGAAUAUUCCCUUCAGGCCAACCACAGAUGGGGAGUUUUUGCUUGGCGAUCCAGAAAAGCUCAUGGAAGCGGGGCAAUUUCAGGCCAAACCUGUCCUCAUAGGUGAAACCUCUGAUGAAGCUGCUUCAUAUGUCCACACUGUUUUCCCUAACACCACCCAAAAUCUCAUCAAUCAGGAGCAGCUUCUGAAAGGGAUACAGCUGUUGGUGCCAAAUUCAACUGAAGAUUUUAUUCGGACUAUUGCACUGAAAUACAGUGAAGGAAAUCACGGCCCAGCACAAUAUCGCUCCGCUCUGUCCCACUUCUAUACAGAUCGGGUAUUUGUAUGCCCAUUGAGAGAAGCUGCAGGAAAUAUCAGGAAAAGUGGGAGUCCUGUAUAUGCCUAUUUAUUCGCACAUCGCCCUUCAUGGUCAGUUUGGCCUGAAUGGAUUGGGCCAACUCACGCUGCUGAGAUUCCUUUUGUUUUUGGAACCUUUAAAUCAGUGCUCUCCGUCAAUCAAACAUACACAGAGGCUGAAGCCAGACUGAGCCGUAAGAUGAUGCACUACUGGGCAGAGUUUGCCAGAACAGGGAAUCCCACUGGGUCAGCAACCAGCAAGGAUGAGUGGCCACUCUAUAAUGCCGCAGAGCAGAAUUUCUUCCUUCUUAAUACUGAGCCAUUCCAGGAAAGGGUGAUAGAGCACUGUGAUUUUUUAAAGAGCCUUUUUUCAAAGGCUGAAGAGACACAGCAGUCCAAAGGUGAUUCUGUUUCACCGGACUAGGAAGAAGACAGCAGGAAUCAAUCAAGACUCGGCAAAUGAUGAUUCAGGGACCUACUGGUGGGAACUUGGAAGACAAAUAAGGAGACAACUAAAACCCACAUCACUUUUGCUGUUCAAAUAAUAAAUUUCUUGGAGUAACUUGUUAUAUCUUGAUUUGAGAGAGGCUUUUAAUCAAUUCUGCUCCCUCAAAAAGAACCUAGUAAUAAGUACUGUUUGACUUCUUAGGAUAAAAAUCAUUUUAUUUUCACAAUGAAGGGAAAUAGUAAUAAGGAUAUGAUAAAUAAUAGUAGAAUAUAAUAUACUGGAAUCCUAAAAUUAGUAGAAACUUGUUAUUCUGUAAACAUUUGUUUCCUGUAACACAUAUAUAUGCUACAUUAUGCCCUUGUAUUUGUAUUUCCUGUAAGAAACUUCCUGCAACAAACAUAUGCUGUAUUAGGCCUCUGUAAAGUAUCUGGAGUUUGCCAAACAUAUGUUCCUGCCAUCAAGUUGAAUCCACAUCAAUCUUAUUCCUGUCUUCUGCCAUCCAAAGCUUGGUACUUAUAUCAGUUUGGAGCUGCAUACAUCAUCCGGGGGAUAACUUACACCUCAGCCCUAAUUUACACCUUUGAUCUGUGUUGUUGGGCGCUCAGUUUCCUUCCCUGCAGCACCAGGGGGCCUAGUGGCCAAUUGGGAGAACAAAGGAAUACUCAAGGAUAAAUAAGAGGCAUCUAUCCUUUGCAGGGCUAUUGGAUACAAACCUAAAUUAGGAGGCCGGAAUUGGGGAUUUAACUGGUGUUUCUAACAGUAUAAAAAGGAUGCCAUACCUUCUCUGAGGUGUCGCCUUUCCUUACAUGUCUCUUUUUGUAUAUGUUUACCCAGCUUUCUACUUUUCAUUAAAAUUAAAUGCUGAUUCUUUC